CACUCAGUCGGAUUCAACUGAUCAACAGUCGACUACCAUGUCUCAAUUCGAGUCAACAACACCAGUCACAGAUGAGUCAGAAAGCACUCAGUCGGAUUCAACUGAUCAACAGUCGACUACCAUGUCUCAAUUCGAGUCAACAACACCAGAAACACAACCAGUCACAGAUGAGUCAGAAAGCACUCAGUCGGAUUCAACUGAUCAACAGUCGACUACCAUGUCUCAAUUCGAGUCAACAACACCAGAAACACAACCAGUCACAGAUGAGUCAGAAAGCACUCAGUCGGAUUCAACUGAUCAACAGUCGACUACCAUGUCUCAAUUCGAGUCAACAACACCAGGAACGCAACCAGUUACAGAUAUAUCGGAACAAACCGUGUCAAAUAGUAGUUCUGAACAGUUGACGACUACGCCUGAAUCCCCAUCAAUAACAUUUAGUUGGCCUAAUAAGAUAAUAAUAAAGGAUCUAUACAACAUCGAAUUCAAACUUAAAGGUCGUUGUAUUUAUGCCUCCUUUGCAUCUGGUGGUUAAAUGUUGAUUUAAUCAACGUGGUCUAUUCAAUAUAUUUGAAAAAAGAAACAGUGCAUAUUUCAAACAUUCAAACAAAACAUUUUUCCUUUUUACAUGAAAUUCAACAUACUUAUCAAAAAUUUGGGAGACUUUAGAAAAUAAACAUUAUUUUUCUUUACCAAAAAAUAUUUGUAAAUGUAAUUGCAUAAUCAUAUAAAAUAAUAUAAUAUAUAAGAUAAUAAAUAAUAAUAUAGAAUUCCGAAUUUUG